AUGCAGCCAGCCAUGCGAAUACCGCUGCGCCUGGCGCCGCGAAUCGCCAAUGGCACGACGCCGCUUACGAUCCGCAGCAUCCACGCCUCCGCCGUCAAGGCGGCCAACGUCGCCCCCGUCGUCGGCACCGGCCCGCCCCCCGAAGCGCCCGCGCCCGUCCAGCGGCCGACGCCCAACGAGCGAGUCGAGCGCCGCCGGAAGCAGGCCGAGAUGCUCAAGACGGCCAAGGCCAUCCGCAGCGCCAAGGACGGCAAGGGAUCCUCCCUCUCGCCGAUGAAGCGCCGAUUCUGGAAGGACGUCUCGGUCGCCGAGGUCGACGGCGCGCUGCAGGUGUUCCUCGACGCGCGCCCGCUGCGCCACCCCAACACCAAGGAGAUCGUCCGCGUGCCGCUCAGCAAGCCGACGCUUGCGACGGCGCUCGCCAUUGAGUGGGACCUGCUCACCUCGGCGCAGCAGGCGACCCGGCAGCACCUGAUCCCGCUGACGAGCCUCGUCUGCCGGGCGACCGACAUUGCCGCCGAAGACGAUGCCGCCGGCGGCGGGACGAUCCGCGCCGCCAUCGCCGACUCGGUCCUGCGGUACCUCGACACGGACUCGCUGCUCUGCUGGGCGCCGCCCGCGGGCGCGCAGGACCUGCGCAACGAGGCGGGCGAGUCCCUGCGCGACGUGCAGAAGCGCGUCGCCGAGGACACGGUCGGCUUCCUGGCGACACACGUGUGGCCCGGCGUGGCCAUCAAGCCCGUGCUCGACGGCCACUCCAUCUUCCCGGCCAGCCAGGACGAGGGCGUGCGCGAGGUGGUCCGCGGCUGGGUCGUGGGCCUCUCGGCCUGGGAGAUUGCCGGCCUCGAGAGGGCCGUGCUGGCAGGCAAGAGCCUCGUGGCCGCCGCGCGCGUCGUCGCCGAGUGGAGCGAGGGCCCGGCCGGUCUGCCCGCGACGCGCGAGGGCGCGCGGUUCGGGGCGGAGGAGGCGGCGCGCGCGACGAGCCUCGAGGUGGACUGGCAGACGGGCCACUGGGGCGAGGUGGAGGACACGCACGACGUCGGAAAGGAGGAUGUUCGCCGCCAGCUCGGCAGCGUUGUGCUGCUCGUCUCUGGUACGGGCAAGUCGUCCUGA